UGAUUGCUUCAACUGGUUUCAACUGGCUUCGUCAUUCUAGUCAUUCUACAACAUCAAACAGAAUUUCUACAGACUUGACAUUCUUUACUUUACCACCACCAUCAUCAUCAUCAUAAUCAUCAUCAUCGACGAGCAGUAGUAACUUGGGUCCUCAGGACCUCCCUAAUCUUCACCCCUAGAAAAACCCCCUUCUCUCUCACUAUAACUUCAUUCUAGGUCUAGGGAUAGUCGAACUGGCGUUAUGUAUUCCAAUUCUAAUUCGUUCAUGGGCGGCAACAGCCUGCGACCCGGUCCCCAGCAGUAUGUCAAUACGUACGGCGUGGGAGCCGGCGUUCCGGGUCAACAGCCUCAACAGCAACAGCAACAGCAGCCGGGACAGCAGCAGCCGAGUCCAUUCGCACCGCAGCCGACGGGAUAUGGGCAGGCUCCCCUAACCCAGCAGUAUACGGGCUUUCCUGGUACGCAAGGCUUACAAUCACAACCUACAGGAAUGGCUUUGAAUAUCCAGCAGCCUCAGUUACAGCCUCAGUUCACUGGAUAUCCCGGGCAAGCUCCUCAACAGCAGAACUUCCAAACGGGUGCUCCGCCGGUACCGCAAAUUCCCUCUCAAUUUCAAUCCCAAUUCAACCAGCAACAGCCUCAAAGCUCGUUUACGCCAGCCGCUUCGCAACCCCCGCCCCAAAUAUCCGCGCCCGCCCCGGCAAUCAAACCUCAACCGACAGGCUUCAGCGCGAUGGCUGCUUCGUUCAAGACAGGAGGCGCGACCGAAUCUCAAGCGGCGGGUCGAGCUCAUAAGCCUGCGAACAAGAUACCGAAUAUUAGGUUAUCCUUUAUCACGGCCCAAGAUCAAGCCAAGUUUGAGACGCUGUUCAAAUCAGCCGUGGGAGACGGAAACACAAUGUCUGGAGAGAAAGCUCGGGAUCUGUUAUUACGAUCGAGACUUGAUGGAGACUCUCUAUCACAUAUCUGGACUCUCUCGGAUACCACCCGAUCAGGCGAAUUGCACUUCCCGGAAUUUGCGCUAGCUAUGUACCUCUGCAAUCUGAAGCUUGUGGGCAAAGCGCUUCCCGGAACUCUACCAGACCAUAUCAAGAAUGAGGUAUCAAGUAUGGUCGACAUAAUCAAUUUCAGUAUCGCCGAAGAAGCUGCCAGCUCCGGUGGUGCGAGCAAUGCUCAGGAUUUCACCAGGCAAAACACUGCCACUCCACCGACAAUUCAGCACCCUCAGCCCUUAUCAUCUAAUUCCCAGUUGCUCCAAGCACAGAUGACGGGAAUUCCGAGUCAGCCGACAGGAUUCCCUGGUCAAGGAUUACAGACACAGCAAACUGGAUUUCUAGGUGGCCUGAAUAAUCCGCAGCCAACCGGUUACAACGGGCCUCUGCCGCCAAUACCACCAAUGCCCACGGGGUUUCCCGGCGGGUUGUCUCCAGCUAGCGCGCUUCCUCUCAACGCGCAGCCAACUGGAAGACCCGGUCAAUGGGGCCUAGUCAACGCUCCGGCAACCGGGCUCCCUAAUAUCGAUGCCUUACAGGCCCGAAUGAUGCCACAAGCAGGCCGCGAACAGCAGAAUUAUACUACGGCAGGCUUGUCGGGCAACGCAGUGAUCCCCUGGGCCAUUACCAAGGAUGAGAAAACCCGCUACGACCAAUUGUUCCGGGCGUGGGAUGGCCUAGGCAAGGGAUUUAUUGGGGGCGACCAGGCUAUAGAAAUAUUUGGGCAAAGCGGUCUUGAGAAACCUGAUCUUGAGCGGAUAUGGACUCUUGCGGAUAACGGAAAUAAGGGCAAGCUCAAUCUCGACGAAUUUGCCGUAGCUAUGCACCUGAUUUACAGGAAGCUAAACGGCUACCCGGUGCCCAAUGUUCUACCACCCGAGCUUGUCCCGCCGUCUACUCGCAAUUUCACCGAGUCACUUGGUACUAUCAAAUCUAUGCUAAACCAGGAGUCUGAUUUCCGCAAGACAUCAGGAGCGUCCUUACUUCCUCAAAAGACGGGCGUCAGCUACUUGAAGAGUCAUUCCUUCAAGGGGAACGCCGGUGGGUUGAACGCUGGGCGGAAAGAUGCGACAGUGUUCAAAAACAAUGACGAUCAGGUCGGGUACCGGUCGAGCGCGCGACGCAGGGUCGGGAAUUCAUCCCCCCGGCCAGAGUCACCUGCGUCUACUACGUCAAACGAAGAACUCUCUAUUGACCAGCUCAAGAAGAAGAUCCGAGAAAAGCAAGUCCUUCUGGAUGCCAUGGAUUUCAAGGACGAGACAGCCGCUGAAGAGGAUGAUAUCCUUGAUAGACGCGAUCGCCGCGAGGCUGACGAGCUAUAUCGUCGCAUUAGACGGAUACAGGACGAUAUUGACGCUCAUCCUGAUGCAGCUCUUGCAAGUGGUGAUUCCGAAGCUGAGAGAAGGGCUCUCAAGCGCCAGCUACAAAACCUUACCGAUAAAAUUCCUGAGCUAGCUUCCCAGGUUAGAAAGACGGAAAAGGCUAUUGCCGAUGCCAGGCUCGAGCUCUUCCGGCUCAGGGACGCGAAGGCGCAUCCCGGAAGUGCCUCUAAUAUUAUCGGUACUGGUCCGGGUGGCACGAUCACCGAGUCUGACCGUCUCAAGGCUAGAGCUAAAGCCAUGAUGCAGCAGAGGACUGCUGCGCUGACUGGCAAGAAGAUAGACAUUGGCGAUGACGAAGGAGAAGCGGCGAAGCGACUAGAAGAGGAGAGCAUUAAGGUACGAAAUGAGAGGGAUACCAACGAGAGCAUGGUCCGCGACGUGGAGGAAAGUGUCCGAGAGUUCUCUCGGGGUAUCGAAGACAACCUUAAAGAAGGCAGCCAAAGCGCAGCCAACGAACAUGAGAGAAGAAGAUGGGAAGACGGCCUGGGUGUGGAGGAUGAAGUUCGAGACUUCAUAUUUGACUUACAACGUUCGAGCCGGGCCGCGAGAAUCAGAGCUCAAGACCGCAAGGGCGGACGAGCACCCACAGCCGAGCCUGUCAAGGCGGAGGCACCGCCAACUCGCUUGGAUAGUCCUUCAGCAAGCAGCACUGCUACACCGCCAACUAGCCGAUCACCAGCGCCGGGUGGCUCGUACUCGUCAUACAAAACUCCGGAAGAGAGGGCCGCAUUCAUCAAGCAGCAAGCAGAGCAGCGCAUGGCUGAGCGCCUUGCAGCUCUUGGAAUCAAGACGCCUUCCAAACCCGGGGAGACUGCUGCCCAGAAAUUAGAACGUGAGAAGGCAGAACGUGCUGCCAAGCGUCGACAGGCAGAAGAAGAAGAUGCCCGACGUGAACAAGAGCGGCAAGCUAGAAUUGCUGAAGAGCAGGGUGUAGCUCCUCCCGCACCCGCACUCAAAACAGAGGGCAAGAAACCACCGCCGCCUCCUUCAAGGAAGAGUGGGAAACAUGACGAUACGUCUACCGCAGGGAGAGCCGAGGAGGACGAAGCUACGAAGAAAGCCGAAGAAGAGGCAUCGAGGAAGGCCGAAGAGCAGCGUCUCUCCAGGGAGCACGAAGAGCAACAGCGAGCUACUCAGCAAAUGGAGGAUGAGGCCAGGCAACAAGAGCAAGAGCUCGCAAAUGAGCGCGAAGCUGCCUCCGCCCGUCUCAAGGCUCUGGAGGAACAGGUCCGCCAAGGCAAACUCAAGAAGGAGGAAGAAAAGAAAAAGAAGAAAGCCGCCAUGGCCGAGGCGAAAGAGAAGGAAGCGAAGCUGGCAGCUCAACGUGCCGAAAUCGAAGCUGCGCGCCAAAGGGAACUUGAACUUCAGCGACAACUCGCAGCGAUGGGGGAGGACUCUUCCUCCUCGGACGACGACGAGGGUCCGCAACAGAUCACUCCUCAAGCAUCUACCCCUACUCUGGGUAGCAGUCAGCUUGGCAGUCAGGAAUUGGAGCGCAAAGCCACUCCACCUCCUGCCCCCGCGCCGGCUGUAAUCUCUCCUCCUUCGGUCGCCAGUCCACCUUCAGAGACGGAAAGCCGCAACCCAUACCGCCGGAUGUUAUCCCAGUCCUCGGAGUCUUCUGCGGCCCCUUCUGCGCCUACUCCAGCUGCUCCCGCCGCUCCGCCGCCGCCACCACAGCCAGAAGUAUCUACUAAUCCGUUCUUCCGAAUAACCCAGGAGGCCAAAGCAGCACCGCCUCCUUCUCGAAAGCGACCGGACACAGAUGAUGAGUGGGGUUCUGGAAGCGAGGAUGAUGAGGAUUCGGAUGAUGAGCGUCCGGCCGCCGGCGCUGCUCAGCUAGCAUCUCUCCUCUUCGGCUCCAUGGGUCCUCCUCGACCACUAUCGGCUACGGGUGAUAAAUCUGCUGGAGCUUCGCCGGUUGUGACUUCAACACCAUUCAGUCCUCCACCUACAGGAGAGACUGCAGGAUCGCCUGCCGCACCUCCGCCGCCGCCACCUAUGCCAGAGGCAGGCGCAGGAGCUCCUCCGCCACCACCCCCGCCGAUGCCUGACUUCGGGGCUCCUGUGGUACCUCCGCCACCCGCGCCGCCAAUUCCGGGAAUGGGUGCUCCUCCACCACCGCCGCCGCCAGCUCCAGGUGCCUUACCAGCUGCUCCUUCUGGUGGUGGUAGACCCGCCGGUUUCUUAGCCGAGGUUCGCAUGGGUAAAGCGCUGAAGAAGACCCAGACGAAGGAUAGGAGCGGUUCAGGUUUAGCCGGCCGAGUUUUGGAUUAAGGAUAGUCAAGCCUGUUCGCUGUUGGACGGGCUUAGCUAUAUGAGGUAUCCCGAGAUCCACAUAUAACUCUGCAGGUAAAGGUCUUGGAUGGGUCAGAUUGUAUGAGUGAGUGUUGUAACUACUUAACAUAGCGGAUGUUUUCCGACGGCCUUGGCUUACGGCAAGAAGAUUUGCUAGCGGACAAACAUGAGACUUUGUUUUCUUCGUUCGAUGAGUAGUAAUAUACCUAGUAUUAGGUAUAUACUGACUGUAUUUAUUUAAUUUCAUUGUAGAGGAGAGUACAGGUACCUUUACUCUACCGAAAGUUAAAAGAUGUCUAUAUCAUAUGUUGUUGACUACCUGA